AGAAAACCAUCUCAGCAAGACACCCAUGUUAGGCCUCUCUCUCAUAGCUCCGCUCCCUAUUUCUAUUUUCUCAGUCUUCUCCAACGGCUGCCUCCCUGCUUCCUCCUCCUUUCUAUUUCUUCUUCUUCUUCAGCUCUCUUCCAUCUCAAACCCUUAAACAUGGUUUUCCCAACAGAUUCUCCAGUUAUAGAAUAUGCACCAUCAACUCCAUUACUGUCAACAACCAGAUGUAGCAGUUGCAGCACCAGUGAAUCUGAUGAAAGCCCUGCAACCUCACAUAGAUUCACAAUUCCAGAUGUUAUAUAUCGAUCUCAGGACAUACCCAAUUGCGGGUCCUAUCGAUCUUUGGCAGUUCUAUCUGGACAUAUUGGAUCAGUCUCUUGCUUGGCUCUGUGUGGUGAAUUCAUUCUAAGUGCUUCACAAGGUAAGGACAUUAUAGUGUGGCAACAACCUGAUAUGAGGCAAUUUGCAAAGUUUGGACAGGGUGAAGGCUCUGUUAAAGCCCUUGUGACUAUGGGCAACAAAGUGUUCACAGCACAUCAAGAUAGCAGGAUAAGGGUUUGGAAGGUGUCAAGAAGCUCAGAGAACAUAUUAAGGCUUGUUGCUACUCUACCCACAACUAAGGAUUACUUGGGGAAGUUCUUGAAACAGAGCAAUUAUGUUCAAACUCGGCGGAACCACAAGCGUCUAUGGAUUGAACAUGCUGAUAGUAUUUCUUGCUUGGCAGUCUAUGAAGGUAUGAUCUAUUCAGGAUCAUGGGAUAAGACCCUGAAAGUGUGGAGAGUCUCGGAUCUCAAGUGCUUGGAAUCGAUAAGGGCUCAUGACGAUGCGAUAAAUGGGUUGGCUGCACACAAGAGGUUGGUGUACUCUGCAUCUGCAGAUGGGAAGAUCAAGGUGUGGGGAAAGGAAGGCAAGAAUUCUCACUCCCUAAAGGGUAUCUUGGAGGGUCACAAGGAUGUCUCCAUGAAUUCGGUGAUCUUAUGUGAUGAUGGGAGGUUGGUGUAUGGAGCUGGGUCUGAUGGGUGUGUGAUGGGUUGGAAGAGAGACUUGAAUCUCAGUAGUUGGAAGUUGGUCUGUGAACACAAAGCACAUCAAACGGCUGUGUUGUGUUUAUGUUCAGUGGGGGAUUAUGUAUGCAGUGGUUCAGCUGACAAGACAAUUGGGAUAUGGAAGAGAGAGGUUGGGGGAGGGGUUUACAAUGUUGGAGUGAUAAGGGGCCAUGAAGGGCCAGUUAAGUGUUUACAGGCCUCAUCUCAUAGUGUAGGGGGUGGCUUCUUGCUCUAUAGUGGAGGGCUUGACAGAAGCUUGAGGGUUUGGUGGGUUCCUAAGGAGGAGUCUGCAAAGAAAGAGGGGAGCUCUCCAAUACAACAAAUCAUAGAGGCAAAAUGUCACCUUGUGUUAAGUUGAUUCUUCUAAAGUUAAGAGACAGAUGGAGCAUUGUUGUUGUUGUUAUUGGUGG